UUGGAGAAGAAGUGUGGGUUUUGUGUGAGGAGGGUUCACAGUAAUGAAAAGCUUGGGAAGUCACAUAUGGAGAAAGAGUGGAGACGAAAAGCCUUCUGGUCAUCAAACACAUAUCAGCUCACGACUGUGGAGAUGGAACCCAUUAACAACGUUGAAGAGCUUGAUGCUGUUCUCUCUCACGCUCGCCAACUCUCUCAGCCUAUCAUCAUCGAAUGGAUGGCUUCUUGGUGUCGAAAAUGUAUUUACUUGAAGCCUAAGUUGGAGAAAUUGGCGGCAGAAUAUAAUAACCGAGCAAAGUUUUACUACGUGGAUGUAAACAAGGUCCCUCAAACACUGGUGAAACGUGGAGACAUUUCGAAAAUGCCCACCAUUCAGUUAUGGAAGGAAGAUGAGAUGAAAGAGGAGGUGAUAGGAGGUCACAAAGGAUGGCUUGUCAUUGAAGAAGUUAGAGAAUUGAUCAACAAAUAUGUCUAAUCUUCACUUUCCCCUUCCUUUUUUUUUUUUGUCUUCAAUUGAUAUGUACAGUCAGUUUUCUUCUUUCCUUUAUUUACUAUCUAUA